AGCUGCUGAGUAUAGAUGCGGGGCAGUUUGUGGCCCCAGGUCCAGCGGGCCCCAGUGGGCCCACCACAGGUCCGCUCAUGUGUCCACACCCCUGUGCAGGCCAAGGACAGCGAUGAUGAUGACGAUGUCACUGUCACCGUGGACCGAGAUGGCUUCAUGGAUGAGUUCUUUGAACAGGUGGAGGAGAUCCGUGGCUUCAUUGACAAGAUCUCGGAGAACGUGGAGGAGGUGAAGCGGAAGCACAGUGCCAUCCUGGCCUCCCCCAACCCUGACGAGAAAACGAAGGAGGAACUGGAGGAGCUCAUGUCUGACAUCAAGAAGACAGCAAACAAAGUUCGCUCCAAGUUAAAGAGCAUUGAGCAGAGCAUCGAGCAGGAGGAAGGCCUCAACCGCUCAUCCGCAGACCUGAGGAUCCGAAAGACACAGCACUCCACGCUGUCCCGCAAGUUCGUGGAGGUCAUGUCCGAGUACAACGCCACGCAGUCCGACUACCGCGAGCGCUGCAAGGGCCGCAUCCAGAGGCAGCUGGAGAUCACUGGCCGGACCACGACCAGUGAGGAGCUGGAGGACAUGCUGGAGAGCGGAAACCCGGCCAUCUUUGCCUCCGGGAUCAUCAUGGACUCCAGCAUCUCAAAGCAGGCUCUGAGCGAGAUUGAGACGCGGCACAGUGAGAUCAUCAAGCUGGAGAACAGCAUCCGUGAGCUGCACGACAUGUUCAUGGACAUGGCCAUGCUUGUGGAGAGCCAGGGGGAGAUGAUUGACAGGAUUGAGUACAACGUGGAACAUUCGGUGGACUACGUGGAGAGAGCGGUGUCUGACACCAAGAAGGCCGUCAAGUACCAGAGCAAAGCACGCCGGAAGAAGAUCAUGAUCAUCAUCUGCUGCGUGGUCCUGGGCAUCGUCAUCGCCUCCACCUUCGGAGGCAUCUUCGGAUAGAAACCACCCCACCCGCCACCCCGCUCGGGAUGGUCUGCCCUCAGGAGGCCCCUUGGCUGCUGCUGCCUUCUGGCUCGGAGCCCCUUCCUCCCCGCCCCGUACUGCUCCUUUCUCUGCCGCAGGGCCCUCCGUCCCCACCCCGAGCCGUCGUGUGCAUGAUCUCUGUGACCGUGUGUGUGUCUGUAUGGGGAGCCAGCGAGGAGCCGGGCUGGGAAACAGCCAGUGGGGUGGGGCAGGUCAGCAAGGCACAGACUCAGGCCCUGGCCCAGGCCGCCUCACCCUUCCCAGGUAGUGCCACCCAGGGUAGCCAUAUUCCCCCCUCCCCCUUCCCCUGCCUUCACGAAUUCCACUCCAGCCUGGGGUCUGCCCUCUCCUGGGACCGAGGCUCGCUCUGGACCCCAACCUUGCCUCCUCCUGACUGGCCCAUCUGCCCUGACCUCUGUCCUCUCCAGCUGUCCCCCUAAGCCGAGCCCCCUGAGGGGUGGGGACCAGCUGGCCACAUGGUGCUGCUUUUCAGGUUAGGGGAGGAGUGGCCCUGAGAGACAGCCCAGCUCUGAGCCUCUAACAGCUGAUCACUGCCAGGGAGGCUCAGGGUGCUGUGGCCAGGUGGCUUCUGGCUGUGUCGAGACCAGGCUCCCUCCCCUGCCUAGGGGCAGAGUCCAGAGGGUCUUGGCUGCCUCAUCCUCCCUUCCCGCAAUCCUGCAACCCCAGGAGCGACCCCUUUGGGCUGUGCCUGACCCCAGGUAACACUCCACAAGAGACUGUCCGAUGCCUGGUUUCCAGCCACCCUUCUGGCCAGGGAGGCAGAUCGGGCCCGUCAGUUCUCUGCCAUAAGCCGAAGCCUGCACCCUGGGCCAGCCACUCUCCCCGGCAGGCCUCAGCCAGGUCCUCAAGCCAUUGUGUUGCAUGUUUGGGACAGUGGUUCCUGCUCUCUCGUGCUCUGGGAAGUCAGGUGUCCCUUCAGGCCUGCAAUCGCGUCCUGCCCUUGCUGUUCCCCAGUGAUGUGCCACGUGGGUGUCUGCUGUCUAGGAUGCAGUAUUCAGCAGCCAGCCAGGGAGGAGUACCUCCCUCCUCCCCAUCUCGGGGCUUCUCAAGUCAGAAACGUGCCCCCACCCAAGCCCCCCUCUUCCUCGUUGACAGGCAGGGAGUGUGCAUGCGAGUGCAUGCAGUAGGGGAUGGGGCCGCAUCCGUGCCCCGCCUUCCCUCAGCUCUGCUCCUGCCCAGUGACUGUGACCACUGUCCGUACUGCCUUCUUUAACAGCAACUUCCCUUCCUCCACCCCUUCACCAAAGGUCUUGGUACAACCAGCUGCCCCUUUUGUGAAAUUUUUAUGUAGAAUAAACAUUUGUAUCUGUACCGUG